AUGGCGCGGCUCCUGCCAUCUGCGGUAGCCGCCGUGGCCAUCACGGCCGCCGUCCUGGUGGCAGGCCUACCAGCCGCGUGGGCUGCCUCACCGGCGGCGGAUGAUGCGCCGCCUUACAGGAACCACACCGUGGGCAGCACCGACGGGUGGUUCUUCAACGUCAACACCAACGCAACGUCCGGCAACUACUCCGACUGGGCCGCCGGCGAGACCUUCUACCUAGGCGACUACCUCAUUUUCAAGACGAACGACAACUCGUCGGUGGUGCAGACCACCAACGCCACCACGUACGCCCUCUGCGAUGCCAGCGAAGACCUGGAGCAGACGACGUCCAUCUACGGCGGCGGCGGAGGCGGCGGUGGCGGCCUCGAGCAGAAGAGCACCAUAGCGGUCGCUCUCACCUUCGAGGGAACGAACUACUUCUUCUCCGAGGCCGACGGAGGCGUGCAGUGCCAACAGGGGAUGCGGUUCGAGAUUAAGGUCGAGCACGGCCAGGGCCUGCCGCCCUCGCUUGAGCACCCGCCACCGGCACCCAAAGGCCGCGUCCUCGCUCCGCCGCCGGCGGGGACGGCAUUUUCGGGCACCGGUGGGGUUGAGCCUGGCGAUGGCGCCGGAGACAACGGCGGCGCUGGCAGGAACGGUGCGUGCAGAGCGGCGGCGGCCGGCGGUCAGUUCUUGGGGUUGGCUUUUGUCGUCUCUCUAGCGGUUUUGGUUGCUACCUGA